CGGCUGACCAUGGGUGCUACACAAACUAGGAGCAGAGUCGACCUGUGCAGGACCACAUCGCUCUCGAACAGCUACGCCUGGAACACAAACAACGUCUCGCACAAUGAAGCUCAACUCUGCGAAGCUGUCCCUGGGGUUGCCGCUGCUCCUGCUGCUGGUGCUCGUCGUAGGCGACCUCCCGCGGGCAUCCGCGGCUCCGAAAGGGAGGCAGCGGGACGGCAAGCGCGGCGGUGCCAGGGAACGGCAGCAGCAGCAGUGCCUGGAGGACAACUCGCCGCUCGUCCUCAAGAUGAUGAGGGACCUGACGGAGGGCGGCACCGGCACGCAACGCCGUUCGGGGCGGCACGCUCUCCACGGAGGUCACCACCUCGAUCCCGUGGCCAUCGCCAAUGAACUCGACCGCCUGGGGAGUGCGACUCCGCGGCGUCAUGCUCGACACAGCGGCGGCCCGGCGCAGGGCUGCCCCGUCUUCAACCGGGGGGCGCCGGCACACCGCGACGCGAGCGGGCGUGCCGAGGACGUCUCCAGCCGCUCCAUCUCGCCGUGGUCGUACAGGAUCGUGGAGAACCCGGACCUGCUGCCAUCACGCUACGCCGAGGCCCAUUGCCUCUGCGACGGGUGCCUGGACCCGCGGAGCGGCCUCGAAACGACCGAAGUCAACUCGCACCUCGUGGAGCAGACGGUGCGCUUCCUGCGCCGCACGCCGUGCCCGCAACGGCCCGGCACGUACACCUACGCGCACGUGUACCUGCGCGUGCCCGUGGCCUGCGUGUGUGUGCGGCCCGCCUACUGGGGCUAGCGGGCGGCUUGCUACAGCGCGUCGACGUCACGGCGGCGGCGGUGGCACCGCGUUACCGACGUCGCACUCGGUUGCACCGAGUCGUCGUUCGGUCGACGCCGGCUCCCGCGAGGCUAAGCGUGCCAGCGUCGCGUCGCAGCUCGGCACGCCACGGUAAAUGCGCAACUUAUUUAAUGUAAGAGAUUCAUAAUGUAUUCGUUUCCUCCGGCAGUUGGAUUGGCACGAGGCGCUCGUUAUUUCACAACGUGUGCACCAAAAUCUACUUGAAAUUUCAUGGCCGCAUUGCGGCAAAAGCGCUCGGUGCUAGAAUGCAGCUCCGCUGCUCACGCUGCUUUGCUUCCCGCUGCACCCUGGCAACUCCUGCGCGUUGGCUGCGACCAACCGCAAUGGCCGGCUUAGCUACCUGCCAGCGAUGACCACGACUGUGACCCUCCGUGGCGGGGCGCGUCGGUUAAAUGACCGACGCGCGAACUUGCGCGAUUAUUUAUUGGCGCUGUUUUAUUUAACGUUAACGUAUGUUGUCGAUGUAUUUAUUGACCUAUUUAUUUUAUUUAUAUGCCCGUGGAAAAAAGACGGUUUCGGUAAAUUAUUUGACGGUGAUUCGGUGCGCGCGUUAAUUUAUGUAUUUUAUUUAUAUAUUUUAUAUCAAUCUAUUGGACUAAGUGGGGAGGGGAAUCGGCGUGCGUAUUGCACAGGGGAAAGGCACGUAGACUCAACAACGCAAAUAGCUCUUGGCUGCCAGGUCGACUUUGGCCUCGUUGGUUAUCGGCAGCAAAGCUCCCUCCCUCUCUCGGCUUAAAUGUCGAACCUUGCUCGGGAGUGCAGAGAUGGAAGUGCCGGCGUGGGUUCAAAGAGCAGAAAAAAAAUAUUUCGGUCAAAGGCCACCAACGACGUUGAGUCGCAGACAACUAAAAAAAAACUAAACUUUUUAUUUUAUUCCACCAGGUAUGACCCACUACUGAGCCAUCUGGUUCCUUUUCAGAAGAGGCCUGGCCACAAAUGAUAGCUCAAUGAAGUGGGCUUAUCACCAUCACGUGGAAAUAUAUAGCGGCACAGAUGCUCUAAAUGAGUGACUUCGAUUCCAAAUGUGGAGGGGAAAACUGGAGGGGCCCGGAGAGAGACACCGCAAACUCCAGGGUCGGGAUCGAACCCACGGCCUCAUGCAUACCAGGCGACGUAGCUAACAUCUCCUGCCUAUCGUGGCCACUCACGGUUGUUGCCGCCGUUAGCGCACUGCCAAAUAGAGAGGGGAAAAAUGCCGCUUAAUCCCCGGUAACAAAAUCGCUGAGUUGGCAGCACUCGCCGCGCAAGCGGGGGUUUGAUUUGGGUUGCGCGGGGCGUCAAGGCCUCGUGUCAGCCACGAGGCUCGCGGUUGCCACGCGGCAACCAACGACGCCUCGCGGUUGCCACGCGGCAACCAACGACGCCUCGCGGUUGCCACGCGGCAACCAACGACGCCUCACGGUUGCCACGCGGCAACCAACGACGCCUCGCGGUUGCCACGCGGCAACCAACGACGCCUCGCGGUUGCCACGCGGCAACCAACGACGCCUCGCGGUUGCCACGCGGCAACCAACGACGCCUCGCGGUUGCCACGCGGCAACCAACGACGCCUCACGGUUGCCACGCGGCAACCAACGACGCCUCGCGGUUGCCACGCGGCAACCAACGACGCCUCGCGGUUGCCACGCGGCAACCAACGAUGGCUCGCGGUUGCCACGCGGCAACCAACGAUGGCUCGCGGUUGCCACGCGGCAACCAACGACGCCUCGCGGUUGCCACGCGGCAACCAACGACGCCUCGCGGUUGCCACGCGGCAACCAACGACGCCUCGCGGUUGCCACGCGGCAACCAACGAUGGCUCGCGGUUGCCACGCGGCAACCAACGAUGGCUCGCGGUUGCCACGCUCUGGACCGUGGGAGGGCGG